UCUAUAAUGGAUGAUUAUAUAAAGACAGCUGUGUUCAAAGAGGAGAGAUGUAAAGGAAACAACAGAAACACUGAUAUUACAGUUCAUGUUCUGAAAAAGGAUUCUGAAGCUUCUAAGUUCAUUCAAGAUAGGCUAACCACCAUAAACACCUCCAAAGAUGCAAAUUUUAGGAUUGUGAAUUCUGCAAGUCUGCAAAAUCAGAGAGAUGGAUAUUUUUUGUUUACAUGCAAACGCUCUGGAGCAUGCAUGCCCCGAAGUUAUCGAGCCAAAGGAUGUAAGGCCUAUGUUUCCUUUAAAAGGAGGACAGAUUGGGUCAGUAAACUGGUUAUAGUUGAAAGGAUUUACAGUAUUCAUUCAGGACAUGACCCAACAAGUUCUUCUGAGGGUCACUCAGAAAAAAUUUGUGAAGAGCUAGUAAAGCAUAUUCAAGAUCUUUUAUCUCUUGGAGUUAAGCCAGAUACAAUUCUCCUAAAAUCUCAUGAAUGGUCCAAGGAACAAGGGCAUACUGAUCUUAACAACCGAGCAUAUUUUGUUACUCUAAAAGACAUAGGCAAUAUUCAGACAUGUAUGAUGCGAAAAAAUCAGCAACACAAAGAUGAUGCCAAUAGUACAACACAACUUCUUGAGGGCCCUUUUAGAGAGUGUGUUGUUUUUUAUCAGCCUUACAGCCCUCAAACAGAUCUUGUCAUAGUUUUGCAAACACCAUCGAUGAGAGACAACCUUUGAGAAUAUGGAAAAGAUAUUGUCUUUAUGGACGCAACACAUUGUGUCAAUCAGUAUGGAUUUCCUUUAUUUACAUUAAUUGUUAGGGAUAGCCAUGAUCAUGGCAUACCUGUUGCCUAUAUGAUCUUGGGAA